UUCCCACUUUAACAUCAACAUCCCAUUAGGUUACCAAAUCCAUCUUUGACUUUUCUUGAAUCUCUCUAUCUCUCUUUCUCACAGUUUGUCUAUAGUUAUUACAAUCAUUGAAGAAAACAAGCCAAAACAAAAAACAAAAAAAUUGAUCAAGCAAUGGUUCUUCUUGGUUUUUUCCUACGGAUCAUUACUUUCACUCUGACUCUGACUCAGCUCGUUGAUGGGUUUCAGAGUCGAAUGUUGAUGAACAAUGGACUUGGUCUCACUCCUCCAAUGGGGUGGAACAGCUGGAAUCAUUUUCAGUGUAACAUCAAUGAAACUCUCAUCAAACAAACUGCUGAUGCAAUGGUUUCAAGUGGUCUCUCUGCAAUAGGCUACAAGUAUAUCAACAUAGAUGAUUGUUGGGGUGAACUCAAGAGAGAUUCUCAGGGAAACUUGGUCGCCAAAGCAUCAACGUUUCCUUCAGGGAUCAAAGCUUUAUCAGAUUAUGUUCAUAGCAAAGGGCUUAAGCUUGGAAUCUACUCUGAUGCUGGGACUCUUACUUGCAGCCAAACUAUGCCUGGCUCACUGGGGCAUGAAGAACAAGAUGCCAAAACGUUUGCCUCAUGGGGUAUUGACUACUUGAAGUAUGAUAACUGCGAAAACACAGGGACAAGUCCAAAAGAAAGAUACCCAAAGAUGAGCAAAGCUCUGAUAAAUUCAGGAAGAUCCAUAUUCUUCUCUUUGUGUGAAUGGGGACAAGAGGAUCCAGCAACUUGGGCAGGAGAUAUUGGUAACAGUUGGAGAACAACAGGAGACAUCCAAGAUAACUGGAAGAGCAUGACAAUGAUAGCAGAUCAGAAUGAUCGAUGGGCAUCUUACGCAAGACCAGGAUCAUGGAACGAUCCAGACAUGCUUGAAGUGGGAAAUGGAGGCAUGACUAGAGAAGAAUACAGAUCUCAUUUCAGUAUCUGGGCAUUGGCUAAAGCUCCUCUCCUGAUCGGUUGUGAUCUUAGAUCGAUGGACAAAGUCACUUUUGAGUUGCUUAGUAACAAAGAGGUGAUUGCUGUUAAUCAAGACAAACUUGGGAUCCAAGGAAAGAAAAUCAAGAAAGAAGGUGAUCUUGAGGUAUGGGCUGGUCCACUAAGCAUGAAACGAGUAGCAGUCAUCUUAUGGAACAGAGGAUCAUCACCUGCUAACAUCACAGCUAGAUGGGAGGACAUUGGCCUUGAUUCAUCAGCUAUUGUUAAUGCUCGUGACUUAUGGGCGCAUUCAACACUCUCAGGUGUUAGAAAGCAACUAUCUGCCUUAGUGGAGCCUCAUGCCUGCAAAAUGUAUACUCUCACCAGAAGCAGAGCAUAAGAUGGUGUUCUUCUACAGCUAGAGUCAAUCAAGUGAAACCUGAUGAUUCCCUAGCAAAUAUUUACUGUUGAAGCCAAGAAGAGUGUAUCAAAUCAUCUCCUACUCUGUCUAUGUGUUUACAAUGCUUAAUAUGUGCAACCAUCAAAAAUAAUCAAUCCAAAUAACAUUUAUAGUAAGAAGCAUUUUGUUAUGGUAACUCUCUCAUAAAAAUCCAGAUGUUGGCAAACUUUUCAUCUAUA